UGGAAAUAGGUGUGCCUAACAGCAGAUUUGAAAAGCAGCUUCUCUUAAUGGCAUCUUUUUUAUACCAUCUGAUAGCAUCUUGAUUCACCAUGGCAGUGGCAGCAGUAAAAUGGGCUCUAUCAAACAGAACUGCUUUGAAACAUUUACUUCCAGUUCAAAAUGGCGUUUUGUAUUGUAUUUGUCAUAAAUCUACAUAUUCUUCUCUUCCAGAUGACUAUAAUUGCAAGGUAGAGCUUGCUUUGACGUCAGAUGGCAGGACGAUAGUAUGUUAUCACCCUUCUGUGGACAUUCCAUAUGAGCACACAAAAGCUAUCCCUCGACCAGAUCCUGUGCAUAAUAAUGAAGAAACACAUGAUCAAGUGCUAAAAACCAGACUAGAAGUAAAGGAUGAGCCCCUUCAGCAAGGACCCAUGAUAGAACAACUUAGCAAAAUGUUCUUUACUACUAAGCACCGGUGGUAUCCUCAUGGAUUGUAUCACAGACGUCGUAAGAAAUUGAAUCCUCCAAAAGACAGAUAAUUUCAAGGUUC